AUGCUCAGUGUUCCUCACUUCACAGCGUGUUUGGGCAUUAUUGGUUCAAUUGAGACACUAUUUUUGAGCGUUGUUGGGUGCAAAGGUGCACAGGUGGAAGAGAUAUGGAGCAUGGAGCCAGAAAACUUUGAAAAUCUCAAGCCCGUUCAUGGUCUGAUUUUCCUCUUCAAGUGGCAACCUGGUGAAGAGCCAGCGGGGUCUAUAGUUCAAGACUCAAGGCUGGAUGAGAUCUUCUUUGCCAAGCAGGUCAUCAAUAAUGCCUGUGCGACCCAAGCGAUCGUCAGUGUGUUGUUAAACUGUACGCAUCCUGAUAUGCACCUUGGGGAAACGCUGUCCGAAUUUAAAGAGUUUUCACAGAGUUUUGAUGCUGCAAUGAAGGGUCUUGCUCUCAGUAACUCUGAAGUGAUUCGACAAGUUCACAACAGCUUCGCCAGACAACAGAUGUUUGAGUUUGACGCAAAGUCGUCGGCUAAAGAAGAGGACGCUUUUCAUUUUGUGAGCUACGUUCCUGUUAACGGCCGACUGUAUGAGUUGGACGGACUUCGUGAAGGACCCAUAGACCUGGGUGCGUGUAACCAGGAUGAUUGGAUCAGUGCUGUGCAGCCCGUCAUUGAGAAAAGAAUACAGAAAUACAGCAAGGGUGAGAUCCGAUUCAACUUGAUGGCCAUUGUUUCAGACCGCAAGAUGAUUUAUGAAAAGAAGAUCGUUGAACUGCAGGUCCAGCUCACAGAAGAAGAGCCGAUGGACACAGACCAGAGUGGAAAUCAUCUCGGCUCUAUCCAGUCAGAGAUCGCCAAGUACCAGCUCCUGAUCGAAGAAGAGAACCAAAAACUUAAAAGAUACAAAAUUGAGAAUAUUAGAAGGAAGCACAACUACCUGCCCUUUAUAAUGGAGCUACUGAAGACGCUGGCCGAAUAUCAGCAGCUGAUUCCACUGGUGGAAAAGGCAAAAGAAAAACAAAGGUCUUCACUAUGA